AUGAAUGUCACCUGGACAGAAAGCAUCUCUCAAGUACUUGGCUGGGCCUAUUUCGUCCUGUGGUCGCUGUCCUUCUAUCCACAAGUCCUACACAAUCACCGCCGCCGCUCAACAGAUGGCUUCUCCAUUGACUUUGCUCUGCUCAACGUGCUCGGAUUGUCUGCAUACACAGUUUUCAAUGCCUGCUUCCUCUUUUCGGCGGUCGUGCGUGCCCAGUAUGCCCAGCGACACCCGCAGAGCCCUGAACCAACUGCCCAAUCCAACGAUUUCGUCUACGCCCUGCACGGAACGCUGAUCUGUUGCUGGACCGGCAGCCAGUUUCUCUGCGCGCGGUUCUGGAACUUUGGUUCCAAGCUGCAGCGGGCGAGUACGUUGGCUCUCGUGCUCUUCUGGGGCUGCCUGGGGGUGGUCCCCCUCGCCGUUCUGUGGGUUAUGGUGUCGUCGUCGUGGGAAUGGAUUGAUGUGGUGUACGUGGUCAGCAUGAUCAAGGUGUUCCUGACGGCCGUCAAAUACACCCCCCAGGCGGUGAUGAAUUAUCGGCGGCAGUCGACGACAGGGUUUUCCAUCGCGGCGAUUCUGCUAGAUCUGUCCGGUGCCAUUCUGUCGCUGAUGCAGCUGGUGCUGGAUUCCUCGUUGCAGUCGGACUGGUCAGGCGUCAUUGGCAACAUUGCCAAGCUCCUGCUGGGCAACAUCACCGUUCUAUUCGAUCUAGUCUUUAUCUUUCAGCACUUUUGUCUGUAUCGAGAGCGAUCGGCAGAGAAUAAGCCAGGGCUAUCAGAGCGCGAUCCUCUCCUUGAUAGCAGGAAUGAGGCAUAG